AGGUAUCGUAACACACCACCAUUUGGCCGAGCCACCAUACGCCGAUUUAGGAAGAAUACCUCAGAUAUGAAACGAAUUGCAGCUCGAGACUUUGAAGAUAUUCUUCAGUGUUCAAUGCCGGUAUUUGAAGGCAUUCUACCAAACGAGACCCACAACAAAACUCUGCUUGAUCUUCUAUUCGACCUAAGCUACUGGCACGCACAUGCAAAGCUCCGCCUUCAUACUGACCUCACACUUAGUCAGUUCGAUCAAGCAGUGAUAAGUCUUGGUUCCUCUGCACGCAAGUUUCAAUCUCAAGUCUGUCCCUUGUACGAUACGCGAGAGCUGCCAGCUGAGACCUCAGCACGUGGACGUCGGGCGGUCACCAAAGUUGCUAAUACAUUGGCAAAGACAAAGCAGGGGCGGGUUCGUGCAGCACGGCUUGCGCAAUCAAGACAUCAUAAACGCUUGAACCUGGAAACCUUCAAAUUUCACUCUUUGGGAGACUAUCCCGACAUGAUUCGACGCUAUGGGACCACAGAUAAUUACAGCACUCUACCGGUAAUUAAUAUUUGUCUGGUCAUGUGUAUCUCCCGCUGA